AUGGCCGACGGUCUAAAAGGAGCGCCAAAUGGCGCAAUUCCCAAUGGAGACGUUCCGGAGACGACAGGCUUACAGGAAGCACCAGCAGAGAUUGAGCACAUUACUAUGGGCUACCAGCCGCUCUCCAGGCUGGUCUCCCGGCUUGCGCAGGAGACUUUUAAUAAUCUCGGCGAGGUCGUCAAUGCUAUGUCGGAGCUGACGGUGUCCAAGCCGGCGGGCCAAAUGAGCUCGGCCUACGGAAAUCAUGUCAAUGGAAACGCGAAUGUGUCAGCGGCCAAUGUGGAGAAGAAGAUGCUGUUGAUGAGGUUUGCGCAGGCCCGUCGUGAUCAGUUCAUCAAGACACUUGUCUUGUCGCAGUGGAGCCGGCAGGCCGGCGACGUGAGCAAAGCGAUCGACCUCAAAGUCUGGCUGGACCGGCAGAGGGCACUUUAUGAGGAAGCGGGAGCAUGGAUGGGAGAGCUGAAGCGCAAUCUGGAGCCGGCAAAGAUGCCCAAUCCGGAUCUUAGAACAGCCCUGGAGGUACUAUCAACGGGCAAAGCAUCAUGGAUGCCCGAUCUGGGGUACCUACCUCCGGAUCCGUUGACGCCGGAGGAAAUGCUUAAGACAUUACGCAAAAUCAACACUUUGUUAUCAAUACGGUUAAACCUUGAGGAGACGCUCCCACCCCAUUUCAAGACGUUCACAGUUGCGGAUGGACGAGCCACAUUUACCGUGCCUUCAGAAUUUGAGGUGGAUGUCUCUAUUGCCGAGGAGGAUUCUUCUUCGCAGUUCUACUUUAUUGACUUUCGUUUCCUCUUCAAGCCCUCUCCAACCGAGCUGCCAGACGGCAGAAUUCGAGCACAGCUCGAAGGCAAGGCCAAUGACGUACUCAAAAAUGAGGGCCUUGCCGGACUUUACUUGUUUUUGCACGAAUUUGUGUUGACGCACAAGAUUGGCGUACUACGACGACAAGCGCUUGAAAUGAGCCGAGGCAACUGGACGGAAUCAGUACGACUGGAGAUUGUUCGAAGAACACUUGUUUUACAGUACUGGACCAAUAGACCGGGGGGGAAGAGCUGGAUCGAGAUUGGUAUCAAGAGUGGCCGACUAAAAGAGGGCAAGCUUUUGCCAGGCGAAGAGAGCACAUCGUAUCUUGAUAUUCGAUGGAUGCGAGAGAACAGGGAGGUGAAGGAGAUUCCAAUCACCUUUGACUCUGCCAAUCUUUCUAUGGAAGCCAUCUUGAACAAGGCUAUCGCGCUUCAUACCACCUAUAUUUUAUCCUCUAUGCACAGUAGGCUAAGCACGUUAGCCCUUUUCGCACAGAAGAGUCUUGCAUUGAGCCUAUCAACAUCUGAUACAGAGCCUAUGAGCUGCUCGUUGCAGGUGCAACUAACAGCGACCGAGACUGCGACCAUUCUGGUGGAACCCACGACGGGUCGAUUCGCGCUUAAUCCGCCUUCGCUGCUUUUUGGCCGUGCAGAAUACGAGCUCAACAGGAUUGUAAACCCUGCAGCGGAUGCUUUUAUGCCCAUUGCGAAUCUUCGAUGUCUCGCGGUAGAACAAGAAGUUGAGACCCGUGCCCGAUGUGUGGGAUGGAAGAUUCUCAAGACGAUGAACCUGAAGCAGGAAGAGAUGAAACGCAUCUUUCCUCGCGAUACGCUACGAAUAUCUUUCUUCAGGAGAGAUGGCUGGUUGGAAAACUUUAUCUUGGCGGUCAGUAUCAGUAUGGCGGGAGAGAUAUGGUGGAUAGCCGAGAUUUAUCAAAACGAUAGCGGUUACUCCGUUAACAAUGCAAUUCGAAUCCCCAUACGAUCUGAAACGCCUAAUGUGCCUCCCACAUCAUACAGCUUCCUCUGCCGACUCGAAGGCGUCGCGGCAUCCAUGAUCUCUCAUUAUGUGAAUACGCGAGAUUUGGCCCGACGCGGUGUUGCUCAUUCUCUGCGACCUCCAUCCAAUUCUAGCUCUUCCACGUCGUCCUCUGAAAACAGUAGCCUCGCCGGCCAAAUACCCACUCUCUUUGUUCAACUGUCUAGCCUGCUUUGCUCUCCCGAAUCCUCCCUCAGACCGACCGUACAAACAACAUGGGCCAAAGAUGUUCUGCGAAUAUCCUACAGCGGCACUUCGAUCGAAGACGGCAAACUCUAUUCCACGAUCGAAGCGCGCCUCAAGGAGCCUUUACCUGGAGUCGACAUCAUCAACGAUCGUCUCGAUGAAGACGUUGUCUUCCAUCCCAAAACAGGAGCAUUUGCCUUUCAAUUAAAGACGCCAGUCGGCACUUCCAUUAUUGACCCCAUUAUCACCCGACUCAAGCGUAUUGGUCGCUUGACUCGCUUCGUCGACGUGGUCCGCCGCAUCAAGCUCAAAUGCGAAACCAUCAGUCUCUCCCGCAUCGUAUUCGUGUACAACACUACUCCUCUUCUUCUCAAAGCGGACAUUGGCCUCGGCACAGACGGAACUAUGUCAUUGAACCUCGACAAGGGCAAUCCUCAUCUUCUCAUCAAGGAUUUCCUGCUUGCCUUUCUCAACAACGAUAAUGGCUUAGAACAUGUCACGUUACUCUUGAGACUCACUGCGCCGUUGGUCCUUGCCUUGGACAAAAUCUCCCGUAAUGUCAAUGCAAUCGUCCUUCCGAGAUCUAUCGACCAUUAUCACGUCCGAUAUUCAAAUCCGCCUUGCACAAUUUCCAUCCGCCUCCGCCAACGCAGAGACGAGAACAAGUGGUUCAUAUCAGACGCAUCGGACCAGAACACGCUUGAAUCUCGUAAGCCAGAGUUCAAAGAAGCUCUCAAGGAUCUCUUCAUGUCGGACGGGCCAGAUUGGAAAGGCCUCCGUACAGGCAUCGCCACUGGUAUGAUGGCAGUAGGCGACGUGCUUGACCAGUUGGACAAUCUUGUGAGACGAUUCCAACAGAACAGUCCUCCUACUGCAUCAGAUGCAGCAGGUAUUAACCAAACCGCUACUGCUGGGAAGGACAAACCCGGCCCGAAUGCAAAAGGCUCAAAUCCACAGCCCAACAAUAAGAAGGACAAUGUCGUCGUGCUGGAUUAA